UCCAUAGUUCCGUCAAGAAUUCUCCCACUUGUUUCUUGAACCCCAUUUGACUUUGAUUGUUUUUGAUUAUUUUUUAUAGUGUCGUGUGAUUACAUUAUACUUAUUUGUGGUCCCCUAAAAUAAUUGUUAUUAUUUUCAUACCAGUAUGUUAUUAUCUGUUGAUAACUCACAGAUAACGAUUUGUUUAUUAUUAUUUAAUAUUCAAUAACAGAGUAUCAUUAAUUUUUAUUAUUGUUUUAGAAAAUGGGUUCAGAGAGCCCAAAAAUGGUUGCCAACGAAGAAACGUUUGAUGAAAAUACUUUAGCCGAGGCCAAUUCUAAGGAACAGUACAAAGAAAUGAAAAGAAAAUUGAGACUUUUGGUCUAUGAAAAUGAAAUCUUUCAACAGACUCWGAAGACCACUCAACGGAAACUCCUGAAAGCAUCACGAGAUAAAAAUGUUUUACUAGAUAGGCUGAUCGAGUAUGAAACAGUAGAACUUAGCAGUAGUGAUAAUGAACUAACUGAGUCAUCAGAUGAAGGCGAUUCUGUCAAACCAGAACCUAAGAAGCGAAAAGACCCACCGGCAAAUAACUCUUCAAGUGGAACAAGUAAACAGUCUAACAGUCCUCAAAGGACUAUUCCAAAUCCUGCCAAAAAACGAAAACCUUCUACUCCAAAAGCUUCAAAGUCGACACCAAUGCCACUUCAAACAAAUGAAUCUCAUUCUAACAGUGCAUUGUCAACAGCUGAAAGCAGUAAAACAAUGGCUGAACCAAAGUCAGGAAAUAAUUUUAGUCAACACAGUUUAGCAACAGACACGUUUAAUGACACUUUUUCAGUUAAAAGUGAAUCAAACAGUAUGUAUGACAUAGAUACAUCACCUAACAAUAUCGCUGAGGACAUGAUCAGUGUCGACAGUAUAGGAAAAUAAUUUACCCAAUUAAUUCAUUUUUUUGUGAACUUAUAUUUUAAUUUUUAAUAUUGUACAUUACAUCUGUAACAUGUGUAUAUAGGUUGUAUAAAAUAAAUGUAAUUUUAAAAUGUAAAGCAUUUGAAAAUGUUGUUUUACUUUCAGUCUGUCGACCAUAGUAAAAUCGCAAUUAUUUAUACUCUGUAUAAAUUGUUGACAUUACUUAAACUUAUACAUGUAAUUUAAUACAUAAAAACUGUUAUGUAUAUUAUGUAAA